UCGAGAUAAUUCUUUGUUCUUUUCCGAAAAUAUAGUGACCCGCGUUGUACACGAAAUUUUCGAUAAAGCCUGUGUGUUUGCCAACUCUUCACAGCGGUAAUAUUUACUAGCGCUAAUGGCUCGUUUUACAAUUGUAGGAGGAAAAGAGGCUGCCGGGUAGAAAAUGAAAGAGAGGCGUCUAAUUUGACGUAGUACAAUUGUCAUACAGCACAGAGGGAAUUCGAUUAUGGCCAGUAUCCACAAAUUGCCUUCUAGUUAACGGGAAUAUCUUGCGGUUGAACUAUCGCGAGAUAAUUACACUUCAACCGCUAUAAUAGCAAGUUAGUUAUAGAGAGGCGGAUCUUAACUCGGGAUCUGCGAGCUUGGUUGAUCGAGCACAUCCACGGGCAAAGGAUCCGUUCUGUCAUCGUUUACUUCUCGAGAAGACAAACUUCAAUCCACGAAUGUUUGAGGAAGCCGUUUACCAGUCAUGUGAACCACGCGAUGCCAAUGUUAAACUGGCUUCUUCUUUUUAUUUCUAUUUGUUUUUCUCCUUCUUCUGUCUACAUUUCCUUCGUUCAUAUUUCCACGAAUUCUUUUCUGGUUAAAGUAGCUCUAGAAAUUGCAAUUUAGGACGAUCUCCAAGAUAAUUCUCUUGUCUACGAAAUUGUAUAAAUAUCGGAGAUUGACGGAACAAUUGGUGGUUGACAUAUUUUUAACUACGAAUAAUGUUUCACGUUAAUCUGCUUCUUUCUAAUUAGCCUGUAAAAAAAUAGCAUGGAGAUCGAAAGGACGCGAUUGAAUAAAUUAGAGAACUGAACUUUAAUCGACAUAGAAACGUGAGAGGAAAAAGAAAGCAGCCAGAUGUAACGCGACAAGAGGUAAUAGAUAUUUUUCCAAGAUUUAAAAGUGUCUGCAAGAGUCAACCCAUGGAACCUUACCUCACACUAUGUGCACUGGCGUUCAAGCUCGAGAGCUCUUCGCCUUCGGAACAAUAAAACCAUUCCUGUGGGGGAGUGAAACAACUCUGGAAACCGUUCUUCAGAUUGCUGAUGGAGGCACAGGAUCAUAAUUCACACGCACAAACAGAGUCGAAACACGAAAUGACGAUAUUCCCGACCGAAAGGAUACUGCGAAACAGCAACUUUACAAUCACAGAACAGAUUUUACGAGGCAAUUGGAAAUCAGAACGGGAUGACCUUUGUUCGGAGAUCUUUUAUGAGCCCCAAAAACGUGCAUAUGGAGACGGUAGUUCGUGGACGAACCCUCGAGGACCGAACAAUCGAGUGCCCCAAGAACUACCUACUCACUUACAGACUCUCACCUCGACUAGUCUACCUUUCUCUGUCCCUUGUUCUCUCUCUGUCAUUCCAUUUCUCUCCCCCUCCCUUUUAACAACCCUGUCCUGCGGCACCGAGUCAUAACCACAAGGAGUACAAUGGGUGGAAACCACUGGCGGCUUUUCACUGCCACUUCAUCGUCCCGCCAAUUAAUUUCCGUGGAGCCGAUCUCGUUCCUCAAGGAGACCACUCAAGAGCUGCCGAUGGAUGAGCAUAAAUCUGCAAAUCCGUCGUGUCGCCCUUCUUUCUCCCCUCCUUUUGCCUAGUGCUAUUAACGCGUUUAACUUGUGAGAUCCACCUGAGUUGAGAGUAAGACCCUCGAGUGUUCACGAUGGGCCAGUCAUUCAUCUUUUUAUGACCGGCUCCUUUAAGACAUCGUGCACGCGUCUAAUUGUUACCUGUAUUUUAUAGCUACUAGAAUAAGCUAUGUGACGGUAUAUGGUUCUUUGAAGAGGAAGGACUCGGAGGAAUUUACAAUUUUUGGUAAGAUAGAAAGGAAUUUUCUUUUCUCGUUCGAGAACCUUUGGGUAAUAUUUUUUCGAGUGACGAGUAAAUUUUUCUCUAAUACGUAAUCUGAAGAUAAAUUACGUUCUAAAUUUCCCUAUUGUUUUAUAUCUUUUAUAUUUAAUUUUAUUUAUUCGUAAGAUUCGAAUGAUAAUAGCGACGAUGAUAUACUGUUGCAGCUACUGCAAUAUAAAUAAGUAAGCUAAUGGAGCAUAAUUUCACGGAGCCAUCCGUGGGAACCCGGACAUCUUCUUCAGGAGCAUCUGCGAAUAAAAUAUUCGCGGUGCACUGGUGGAAAUAAGGAAUCGUCGCGCAGGUGAUCCAUUUCAGAGAACGCGGCCGGCUCUCUAUAAGUGCCUAGCCGGCGGAAAAAUUGAAAAGCCGCGCUAAUUCGCGCGACAAUGCUUCCCGGUUGCACGCCGGGACGAAAGUUUAUCGCGAACCUCGCGAAGAACGACCUUUGGCUAGUCGCCAGUCGUGGUACGAUCUUGCGGGACUCAUGGCCAAUGACGAGGACUACUCAUGUUGCGCUGAUUUGCAUAAUUUAUUAUGGACGAACGUUUCGGCGACAAUUUGGUCGACAUCUUCCUGCGUUAGGAAAAAUUUCCCAGUCGAUCAAACGCUGACUUUGUCUGUACUAUCGACGUCGAUCAUCGAAUAAUUUCUUUCGCAAUAUAUAUGGAAAAAGGAAAGCUUCUGUCUGAGCUUCGAUUAUUGGUAAUUCUAUCAUGUUCGUCCAUUACGGCCGGAAAAUAGCUGACGAAACUAAUGCUUCUUUACGUUGAUUUAUGAAAAACGUUACAUUUAGAACAUAAUCGUUUUCUUGUUAUUUGUAUUAAUACGAAUAUCGAUGAACCAGUAAAUUUAUUUUGUAUGAUCGAUUAGGUGAAUCCACCGGGCUAGGAGGCAACCGACGAGGAUGCACCAACACGCGACUCGUAACACGGAAUCAGAGCCAUGGCCCUCGGUAACCUCGACUUGCCUGUGUGACGCUCGGUGAUGGAUGCACCGGCAUUUACCAAAGUCGCUCGCCAGCUCGCUAGAGUCGCCUAGACGAUAGGAAGGAUCAGGGUGUAAAAAAGCAGCGACUUGGUCGGUGGAAGGACAAAGGAAACGAAAGAAAGAGAAAGAGAAAGAGAAACGAGGGGGAGGAAGAAACGCGAGAUCCAAAGACGGCUACAGAGGGGAAGAGAAAGAGAAAUGAGGGAAAAAGGAAGGGAAAGAGGUGUGCGCGCGGAAUUCAGAAGCGGAAAGAGGGAUGAAAAAAAGGAAAGGGGGAUAGAGCAGACAGGGAGUUAGAGUGAAAGAGUAAGAGGAAGAGAGCAGGGAUUAGAUCUUAGGGUGAGUGGGUAGGAUUGGAUUUGGCAGAGGCGGCUCCUCACGUUGGUGGUAGAAGGUUGCAAGAGAAGGAGGAAAGGGGAAGCAGAGACUUUGGUUGGUGUCCGAGUGGUGGUGGGGUUGCAGAUGGGGAAACGCAUCGAACCAAGGGGAGAGCGUCAGAGAAGGAGAGACGUAAGUGACAGAAUAGGUAGUGGUGUAGGUGAACUGGACAACCACCAGAACUCUCGCCAGUAUUUAAGGGAGAGUCGCGAGCGUAGCGCGCCAGUUACUACGGCCGAUUGCCUCCACGAGGUAUCCCCGAGCUAAACGGAGCCACUGUGCACUGCACCGAUUUCGCUCGAAAGAAAAGGGCGCGAAAAGUCUGAACCACGUGACUCGAUUUUCCGAAACAUCUCUCCCUUCGCCUGUUCUAUUUGUAUAAUUCGCGACUCCGUCCCUUCGUUUGAGAUUCAUGUCGAUUCAGUGAGGAAACACGUCGAAACACCACGAGUUAGAGCUUCCGAUUUGACAAUUAACGUUUAAAAAUAAGAUCCGAAAUCCUUGAUAGGAGAAGUGAGAUAGUAAAAGGGUGAUUGAGCCCGUGAUAGCCAUCGAAUAUGAACGAAUGUGCGUCCCGUGAGGAAGUUCGCAGCGGUUCACGGAAGUGCACUAUUUAUGGAAGAGUUUGAACCGCCGCGCCAAGGGCUCUUUGGAACUUUCGCUCGUGGACCGUGCAGAUGAGCGUGCUACCAAGGGAAAGAAGGCGAAUCAUUUGGAUCCCGUACUCGAUGCUGCUGGCAUUUGGGCUGCUCCUGGUGCUGUCGGACGCCGGAGCUGUUCACCAACAAUCGAACCUCCUCCUACCGUUCCCGAACGUCUCGUUUGGAUUCGCCAAGGCCGCAACUAAUCGCGGUAUUUCAGUCACCAGGAUCCUGCAGGACGGGGAACUCGAACGGGUGAUUCGACUGCCUGGAAUUUGCGCCAAGGAGACCAUCGUCAAUUGGGGAAAUACGGACGUAGCACUGAGGCAGGUCUGGCUACAGGAGACGGCCAGAAAGGUGCAACUGAUAUACGAGGGUGGCACGCUUACUGACUGUGUGGACGAGAAACUCGACGUCGGUGACGAGAGAUCCUGCACAUCAAGCACGCACUUGGACGACGAUUACGGCGAUGAAACGUCCAUCGAACUGUUCGAUGUGGACGAUCAGGAGGACUCGUCGAGGAUCCCGCAGGACCUCUCCUGGCUCUCGUCCACGUCGGAUCUACGUCAUCGGUGCACCCACGUAAGGAACAGGGCGCGAAAUCAAUUGAUUUCACAACAUCGACGAAGGAAAUACUCGAAGCUUUUAAACGGAACGAGCAGCAGUCACCGCCAGAGACGAGGUAAGAGCCGCUCGCGAAGGGACUUGUUGAUGAUCCCAGGGACACAAUGGUGCGGCCGCGGUCAUCGGGCCACGAAAUACACGAAUCUGGGCGGUUUUGGCACAGCAGAUGCCUGCUGUCGCAGACACGACACGGCCUGUCCUUUUUUCAUUCCGGCUUUCGAGACGCGCUACGGUCUUUUCAACUGGGGUAUCUCGAGCAUGAUGCAUUGUGCCUGUGACGAACGAUUUCGUACGUGUUUAAAGAUGGCAGACACAGCAUCCGCGAAUUUUAUCGGCAAAAUCUUCUUUGACGUUCUAAGAACGAAAUGUUUUAUAUUGAAACCGCAAAAGGUUUGUACGAAAUGGUCCUGGAUGGGCAAAUGCCAGCAUCACGAAUACCGAAAGCAGGCUCAUGUCCGUGAAAAUGUUCCUUAUCAUUAAAUUAAAUGGAAGAGAUUUAAAAAGAGAGCGACGAAUGUUUGAGAAUAUUCUUUUUCUAGAGAUGUCAAUACCAAUUCUCAGGGAUGUAAUAGUUUAUCGAGAGUAUUCGAUCAUGACCCGAUCGGUCAUUUUUCGACAACAGAUCACAGAUAAAAGCAGUCAUCCUCUUUGACCGUCUGAAUGACAGAAUGACAAUACGUAGUGGUCGCUAUAGAAAGUGUAAUCAUUAGAGUAGAUUGACGACAGUUUUAUAUCAUAUUUCAGUUCCUUGGGUCGAUUCUUUGUAAGAUCGAGUUAAUCAUCAUUUAUAAUUGUAAAGUUAAUUGGUCGAGUAUCUAGAAUCUUUCAAACAUAUCAACUACGAAAAUUAUAUGAUGCAGAUUUACUUAUAUAAAAGUGGUUUAUAUUUAAUUUUUCAUAUUUGCAAGGUCAGAUUCGUUUUAGACUGCUGAUUUUUACUUAGUGGCUUAAUGGUAAAAUGAAAUGAAACGGAGAAAUGAAAUCGUUCGAAAUAGACAGGGUAUCAUUUUUAUUAUCUAUAUACUAACUAUGUAGUCGUUAUUGUCUUUGAAAAUGCCAAAUAAAUUAUUCUGUAGAUAAAUUAUAAUAAAAUUGUACAUAUCAUGAGUAGCAUAAUUUUUCAAGUAUAAAAAAAUUAGAAAAAAUCGCUAUAUUAACAAGUAGUUUAGAAAAUGAAAAAAUCUCUUUCCUACAAAAUUGUUGACUCUUGUAAUUAGAAAUCUGCGUAAUAGUUCACUUACUUUUAUCUUAUUUUCUUGGUUAUGUGUACAAUAACGCUGAUUCCGCGUUAAUUGUGCUCGUGCAUGUAUUCUGUAUGAUUGUAUUUAUGUAUGAAUGAGUUAUGUUCGUGCGAUGUAAAAAUGUUGAAAAGAAAAUCAAGAUUGUAACGAUACAAAAGUAUUUAAAUAUUGAAAUAUAUGCUGUAUUUAAAUGCGACAUAUAAAAAAUAAGUGUAAUAAGUUAAAUAUGCAAUAUCUCCUCGUAUUGUAUAAAUGAAAAUAAUUCAUAGAUAUAUAAAUAUAAACUAUCAAAAUUCUUAACAGUAGGUACAUCGUUGUAAAUAUGUAUAAUAGUGAUAUAGUACUAACAUAUUUAAUAAAGGAUGCAUUAUAAAA